GUUUCACGGCUGCUUUUAGCGGGCGCGAGAGUUUUUUGUUUGUUUAUUAUGUUUAGUCUUCAUGACACCAAAAUGGGAGCUGGUAUCUCUACCUCGAUGGGAGAUGGUGGCUUACUGGAUUCUUUCAUUCUCCUCUCAUUUCUAUUCAUUCUACCAGCUGCACAGUUUUUCUAAAGAGCAUGAGGUCAGUUUGGACAAAGAAGUGCAGCUGGAGAGAGGAUUCCUUUUAUGGGGAUUUAAGAAGGACCCUACUGAUUUUGAGUGGAGUUUUUGGAAUGAGUGGGCGUGGCGAUCUCUUCUCUGGUCUCUGAUUGGCCAUGCUGUGGUGUCCAGGCUGGCAUAUUAUUAUCUGCCUCAGUAUCGACUGGCAGUCUUUGCGAUGUAUGGUUUGAUCUCAGCUGGUUGGAUUCUCGGGGUGAGGGGUGUGAUUGUUUUGAUGCUGCAUCUGAGCAUCUCAUUGGUGGUUGCUCAGCUACGUAGCCCCGUCCUCUCGUGGUUUUGCUCCCUCUUGCUGCUCUCCACUCUUAAUGUCAGUGCCCUUCAAGAUUUACAGCGUGGCUGGUACACUUCUGAGGAUCAGUACUACCUCUUGCUCUUCAGCACUGCUGUUUGUAGCUUGCAUUGCAUUAGUUUUUGUCUGGAGAUGUGCUGGCAUCCCCUGCAGGCUGGAAGACCAAAGCACUGCUCCUCUCUUCAAAAUUGUGCACUGAAGACUCUAAUUUAUCAGUUCCUCAAACUUACUGCUUUCUGCUUCUAUCAUCCUCUAUUCUACAACGGACCCAUCAUGACCUACAAAGACUUCAGUGAACAGAUUGAGAGGCCACUGUGUAAAGUGUCUGCGCUGCAUGUGUUCAGUGGAAUACUACGCUUGUGUGUCUGGUGGUGCUUGGCUGAAUUCAUGAUCCACUUCAUGUACAUGCAUGCCAUCCAGAGCAAUGAAACUUACCUGGAGAUGCUGCCGCCUUGGGCAAUGGGUGGACUGGCUCUAGCGCUGGUGCAGUUUUUUUACGUCAAAUAUCUGGUCCUGUUUGGAGCUGUAUCUCUGCUCGUCAGGUUGGAUGGGCUGGAGCCACCCACUUUACCUCGAUGUGUCAGCAUCAUGUACAGCUUCACUGGGAUGUGGAGACACUUUGACGUGGGGCUUUACAAAUGGCUCAUCAGGUACAUAUAUGUGCCUCUGGGUGGUUCACGUCAUGGUGCUUUCCGGAAGCUUCUCUCCACUGCGCUGGCGUUUGGGUUUGUGUGUUUCUGGCAUGGUUGCCAUGACUACCUGCUGUACUGGGCACUGCUAAACUGGGUAGGGGUGUUAGUGGAGAACGCAUUUGCACUCCUCUUCUCGUCUCCCCCUCUUCGUCAUGCUAUUGUCUACUGUCUGACACCUCGGAUGCAGAGACGGGGCUUGGCUCUAAUAUCUGCCUUCUCCACUGCAUUUCUUAUUUUGUCCAAUCUCUUCUUUCUGGGUGGGACCCAUGUAGGUAGAAUCUUCUGGAAGAAAUUAUUUGUCCAAGACUGGUCUUCUGUGGCCGUUCCAAUGGUUGCUUUUCUCUAUUGCUUCGCUCAAGUUGGUAUUGAAUGGGACAUGAGAUGACAACACCACUCAGUGGAAUCAUGGCAAGGCAAAACAUUCCUCACAGAAAACAUUAUGGUAUUAUUUCAACCAAUUGCAACCAGCAUUCCACUCCAGUCAUAUUGUGUGUUUGUGUAUAAUACAGUAUACUCUGCUGCA